UGAAGACGCGUCUUCUUUUUCUCUUCGCAUUGGCCUGUUUAGGGCAAGGCCAGUCUAUUUUUUUCAAAAAAAUUCAAGUAGUUAUUAUUGGACAAGAUGAUUCGCUGAGGAAUAACAGUUUUUCUGAGUUUGUUCACGCAAAAAACGUCAGCAAUGGCCUAAGUUUUAAUUUUACAAUCAUGAACGUUCUCGGGGCGUCGUAUAAAGAAACGACGGACGAGUUUUGCAGAAUUUUGAAGAACACUGGAGUUUCUGCGAUUGUUUCGCUGAACAUUUCGUCACAUCCUAAACAUAUUGAUAUUUACGCAAGUUACAUAGGAAUUCCUGUGAUAAAGUUAUUCAACAAUCCUUUUAAACAAGAUGUUGUUAAGCAGGACCAGAGCACUCAAAUUCACCUAGGCCCAGAUCGUGUCUCACGAUUAAUGGUUAUCACAGAAAUUUUGAAACACCUCAAAAGAAACGAUCGAGUCGUUGUGAUUUCAAAUGAAAACCAAUCAACGUGGGCGAAGAAGCUAGUUGCUGGGAUACGGAAAACCAGGAAUUCAGUGAACGAUGUUAUUUUAAAUCUCACUAUAACUAAAAACGAGGAUAAUUAUUUCAGGACUUUAAGUAUUAUUCAGACUUUGAAUGUAAAAGCUGUUGUAAUCUUAAUGGAAGAAAAUAUCGCUUUGGAUUUUAUGGAUGUCGCACAACAAGUUGGAUUUCUAGACAUUGAUUGCAUAUGGAUUGUAGAGCACUCUCUUCAUGGAAGAAAACGAAUACCGCUUUUGGGAAAACUUCUUGGAGUAAGAUUGGCGCGAGAACCCUUCAGCAAUGAUAGAUCACAAUGGCGGUGCGAGGCGUUGUUCAAUGAUUCUAUCAAAAUUCUGAGUAAGGCAUUUCAAAAUGUAAGCAAUGCAGAGUUUGAAAUGACAUCACCAAGCAAUUCGUGUACUUCAACGAGCCAUUGGCUGCUAGGAACAUCGUUGUACAGGUUUAUGAAACUUGUUCGCAUUGAGGGCGACACUGGUUGGAUAGAAUUUGAUGGUCAAGGUUACCGAACUAAUGUGGAAUAUGAGAUUGAUUACUUUUAUAAGGAAGAAAAUGGGACGACCAGUAAAAUUAUUUUAGGCCAAUAUCAUAACAAGCAACUAAAUAUAUUCCAUACAGACUGGCCACCCGAACAAAAGAAACUAGAUUUACUGGCAACUAAGCUCGCAGAAAACCUACCAUUCAGGGUUUCAGUUCUUUUACAAAAUCCGUUUGUAAGGAUUGAAGGAAACUCCGCUCAUAAUUCCUCGGAUGAUACGUGUGCAUUAGGCUUACCUUGUGUACAACUUGACGGGAAAAAAUCUUGUUGUUCCGGGUAUUGCAUAGACUUGUUAAAAUUACUUAUGAGAGACAUCGGAUUUUCUGUGAGAAUUCAUAUUGUUAAAGAUGGUAAAUAUGGCGGUUUAGACCAAACUACGGGACAAUGGUCAGGUCUCAUAGGUGAAGUUUCUCGUGGUGAAGCAGAUAUGGCGGUAUCAGAUUUAACUAUCACUGAACAGCGUUCUAAAGUAGUUGACUUCACACAUCCAUAUAUGGACGCAGGUAUGGCUGUAAUGGUUAAAGUGUCACGUCGUGAAAGGAAUGAUUGGACAGAUUUUAUGGAUCCGUUCGCCGCAUCCUUGUGGAUCGCAAUAAUUGUUUGUAUCAAUAUUACACUUCUCAUUAUGUGGUUACUAGAGAGAUAUAGCCCGUAUGGUCAGAGAGAACGUGCAAAGUUUUUGGAAAGAGGUAAAGAACAUUCGUUUAAUUUUGUUGAAGCUAUUUGGUACACAUGGAGCCUGGUUUACCCAACUGAUAUUGGUUCAAAACCAAAAAGCUUUUCUUGUCGUGUUUUGGCGUUGUCUUUUACAUUCAGUAUGUUGAUUGUCGUUACAAGUUACACCGCCAAUUUAGCCGCUUUCCUGGUGAUAAAAGAGGAGAUAUUGCCUUUGAAUGAUGCUGGGAUACGAGAUCCAAAGCUUCAGAAUCCUCCAAGUGGUUUUCGAAUUGCGACGGUUGAUGACUCGAGUUUGGAAAGAUCCUUUCAAGUUACAGAAGAUCCCGUGCUAAGAAGAGUUUGGAAGUAUAUGAAACCCAACAAUGUAAAACAUUUUGACGAUGCAAUAAAACAGUUGAAUUCCAAAACCCUCCAAGCAUUUGUCUGGGAUUAUUCAACACUUACGAAUUUCGCAGCAAAAAGUCACGACUGCUCCUUCAAAAUCCUAGGAAACUCGUUCUUUGAUGCAGGAUUCGGUGUUGCCGUAAGAAAGAACUCGUCUCUCACCAGCAAGAUAUCUCAAGCAUUGUUGCAAUAUGAAACGUUUGAUACAUCACGGACGUUAAGACAUCGGUGGUUGAUGGGACAAUGCAGCGCUACAAAUCGUGGUGAAAAUGCGAUGUUUUCAGGAUUGUCAAUUGGCGAUUUGAGAGGAUUAUUUCUUGCCAUUUGUAUCGGAGCUGUUAUUUCAUUUCUAUUUCUUACUUCGCAAUAUUUUAAAAACGCAAUUAGCAGGUCAUUGUCCCGCUGUAUAUUCUGUUAAAAGAGAUUUAAAAUUUGUAUAUCAGUGGAGUAGAAUUCGUCGUGGGCUUAGCGGUUUGUACGGUGUCUAACCGUGUCUUAAAAAUAAAAACGAUCCGAAAACGAUAAAGUUAUUUGAUCCCGCAAUACACCUGCAUGUUUUCCACGCGUGUGUCAAAGGUUGGAUGUCGAAUUCAAAGCAAAAAUCUACCAAAUCCAAAGUAAAAAACAAAAAUGAGGACCAAUUCUUUUAGCAUUUGCGGAAGUAUUUUACGAGAGAAAGUGAGAAACAUGUCAAAAAUGUCGCUGUAUGGUUACCGUAUUUACUCGUUUAAAUUU